GACCAGAACCGUGGCGCUCACUCUAUAAAUACCGCUUCCGACCCCCAAGCGUGUGGCCUCCACGCUCCGAUCGCCGUCUCCAUUUGCAAUUGCAGCUCUCCCGUCUCAUCGCCCCUAGCAGCUCGACCUCGAUCGAUCCGCGCUUCAGUUCCAUUCCAUCCAUGGCACCCAACCUCAGCCCCGACGGCCCCAAGUUCCCCUCCAAGCCGAGACGCGGAGGAGAGGCCGACGACGUCGAGGCUGCGGCGCCGGCGGCGGCCGUCCACAGACCGCCGGUCGGCCGCGUCGACUACCUGGCCCGCGCGCAGUGGCUGCGCGCCGCCGUCCUGGGCGCCAACGACGGGCUGGUCUCCGUGGCGUCGCUCAUGAUCGGCGUGGGCGCCGUCAACGACGGCGCGCGGGAGAUGCUGGUGUCCGGCCUGGCGGGGCUGGUGGCCGGCGCCUGCAGCAUGGCCAUCGGCGAGUUCGUGUCCGUGUACGCGCAGUACGACAUCCAGGUGGCGCACUCGGAGCGCGGCGCCCGCGGCGGCAGCGACGACGACAGCAGCAGCAGCGACGGCGAGAGGCUGCCGAGCCCGACGCAGGCCGCGGCCGCGUCCGCGCUGGCGUUCGCGGUGGGCGCGGCGGUGCCGCUGCUGUCGGGCGGCUUCGUGCGGCCCUGGGCGGCCAGGGUCGCGGCGGUCUGCGCGGCCAGCAGCCUGGGCCUGGCUGGGUUCGGCGCCGCGGGCGCGUACCUCGGCGGCGCCAGCGUCGUCCGCUCCGGGCUCCGCGUGCUCCUGGGAGGCUGGCUGGCCAUGGCGGCCACGUUCACGAUCCUCAGGCUCUUUGGCUUGGCGUUCAAGACGCACGUCGUGUCCGCAUAACCCAUGUUCGUAUGGUGUGAUGAGUAGUAGCCGGUAUAUACGACGAUGCCACGAUGGCCACAUGGGGGUCUAGUGUCACGCAUCAUUGUUCCGUCACGCACUUGCAAUACAUCGAUCACAUUAUAUUUAUAGUA